GCUUGGGUAUUUUGAUAAUUUCCCAUCGAGACCUCAGUGGACCUUCAUUUCCAGCCAUGACGAUGCCAUGCGCCACCGCCCCUUCGCCGGCGGCCCUCUCCAUCAACGAGCACCACGUCUCGCUGCUCCACCGUUGCACCACCCUCCGCCAUAUGAAGCAGCUCCAGGCUUUCCUCCUCUCCCUAGGCCACGGACGCACCCAGUUCUACGCCCUCAAGCUCAUGCGCUUCUCCGCCCUCGUCCUCGCCGACAUCCCCUACGCCCGCCUCAUCUUCGAAUCCCUCCCCGCUCCCAACGUCUUCCUCUACUCCGCCCUCAUCUCCGCCUACGCCUCCCGCCCUGAUCCCGACUCCCCCGCCGCCCUCCGCCUCUUCGCCGCCAUGCUCCGCGGCGUCCCCGCCCCUCGCCCCAACGAAUUCAUCUAUCCCUCCCUCCUCAAAUCCUGCUCCGACCCCCGCCUCGCCCGCUCUCUCCACUCCCUCCUCUCCAAGUCCGGAUUCCACGACUUCGCCGUCGUGCGCACCGCGCUCCUUGAUUCCUACUCCAGGUUCUCUGACACCCACGCUGCCCGGUAUCUGUUCGACGAAAUGCCUCAGAAAAAUGUGGUGUCUUGGACGGCUCUUCUCACUGGGUACAUGCGAACAGGGCAGAUGGGGAAAGCCCUCUUCAUGUUUGAAGAAAUGCCCGAUAGGGAUGUCCCUGCUUGGAAUGCAGUGAUUUCUGGGUGCACCCAGAAUGGUCUUUUCUUGGAGGCGCUCUCAUUCUUCUCCAGGAUGGUCGUCGAUGGCGCACUGCCAAAUAUGACGACUGUAUCAUGCCUGUUCUCCGCUUGUGCACACCUUGGUAUGCUCCGGCUUGGGAAAUCCCUCCAUGGGUAUGUCUUCAAAAACAGCAUGGGAAAUAGUCCCUUUGUUUGCAAUGCACUCAUUGAUAUGUAUGGCAAAUGUGGCAAUGUGAAGAAAGCAAGGUGGAUUUUUUCUACAAUGUCUGAGAAGAACAUUACCUCUUGGAAUUCCAUGAUCAAUUGCAUGGCUCUCCAGGGACAUAGCUGUUUGGCGAUAGAAACCUUUCGUGAGAUGGAACAAGAGGGUCCUCAACCUGAUCAAGUCACUUUUAUGGGGCUUCUGAAUGCUUGUACUCAUGCAGGAUUGGUGGAUGAAGGGCUUGGUUACUUCAAUUCUAUGACUCGAGACUAUACAAUUGAUCCCGAGAUCGAGCACUAUGGUUGUGUCAUAGACCUUCUUAGCCGGGCUGGUAGGUUUGAUGUGGCAAUGGAUAUCGUGAGGGAUAUGAGAAUUGAGCCUGAUGAGGUUGUGUGGGGUUCUUUGCUCAAUGGUGCCAGGGUUCAUGGUGCCAAGGACUUGGCUGAAUUGGCACUGAGGAAGCUACUUGAGCUCGAACCUAAGAGUGUGGACUAUGGCUUCAUGCUUGCAAAUUUAUACAGCGAAUGUGGCAAAUGGGAAGAUGUUGGGAAGGUCAGAAAGAGACUGAAUCAACUGGGUGGAAAGAAGUUGCCAGGAUGUAGUUGGAUCGAGGUGGAAAAAAGCAUUCACCAGUUUUAUUCUGGUGAUACAAUUCACCCUGAAGUGGGGCAGAUUUACAAGAUCUUGGAUGAAUUAGUUGACUUUAUGGAAGCAUGAUUUUUUCUCUCCACGGCAUAAUUUCUGCAAAUAUAUAGCCUCAGAUACCAUUUUGCCAGAUGUUGGAGCGUUCAAUCGAAUUGUCAUUUCUAUGAAAGGGUAAAUUUUCACAGCCAUGGCCAACAUUUUUUGUGAUGCCAACGACUUCAAGUUCCUGGUGGAUCGCUGAAUAAUAAUUUUGUCCUUUAUUCACAGCCACGAGUUAGGGAAUAACCAUGAGCAGUGGAUCAGCUCUACUAAGUCUGUCCUAGAUCCAUUUAUCGCAGCACAAAUAAAUAGAUCGCUGGCCAAUAUCCUUGCACUUGAUUGUUGUCAUUCUGCAAGAGAAGAGACGCUCAGCCCUAUAUUCUCUUCUAAAGGUUCAGUGCCGGCUGAUUCAGUGCCGGCUGAGUUAUUUAUCGGCUGAAAUGCUAGGAGGAGAGAAUAAGAAUUGAGAGUUCAGGUGACGACAAUAGAUAAAAUGAUGAAAGAUCGGGUCCAGGCAGUGGUGGGAGAACGGGUUCAAGCAACAGUAGACCACCGAGUGAAGGUGACAGUGGACUAGUAGAUUCAUGUCUCCAUUUAUGUUGCCUUUUGCUUUUCCAGAUUCUUUAAAUUCGCAUGAAUUUAAUUUCCAGAAGACUCAAGAUCCUACGGCUACAUGUAACUAGGUUUUAUAUGUUGUGUAUUUAUGUCAUAAAGAUUUUUGGAAAGAUAUUUAUAUUUUUGAA